AUGGCUAACAACGUGACCGCUACAAAAGAGGCUACCAAGCGUACAUUCACCUGCAGUUUCUUCCGUGAGAAUAUGACACAUCUGAUUCAGUUGAGCACUUUAGUUACUGGGCAUAACUUGGAUGAGUUCAGAAAGACGUAUGGCCACAUCUUACACAUGUUGACUUCUCACAUUGAUGAAUGGGCUCUAUACACGCUUCUUCAGUUCUAUGAUUCUGAGCUACGUUGUUUUACCUUUCGAGACUAUCAACUGGCUCCUACCCUUGAAGAGUAUGUUGACAUUCUCAAGAUUAAGGUUCAACGUAAAAUCCCUUUUGUGUGUGUACCUGAGAAGCCAAGAAUGGACCGAAUUGCUGGUGCUCUUUAUUUGAGCAUGAAAGACGUUACAGGUAACUGGAAGCCUAAUGGUGGAACCCAUGGAUUCCAUGUGAAAUUUCUGAUAAAGAAGGCCGAUACCCUUGCUGUUGAGAAGAAAUGGAAAGAAUUCAACACUCUCCUAGCCGUUAUGAUCUAUGGUUUGGUGUUGUUCCCGAAUAUUCUGAAUUUCGUCGAUCUAGCUGUUGUUUGUCUCUUCAUGGAUCAAAAUCCUGUGCCCACUCUUUUAGCAGAUACUUAUUAUACCAUCCACUCCAGAUAUGGGAAGAAAGGAUCAAUUGGGGGUUGUUUACCGUUGCUAUAUGAGUGGUUUACUUCACACUUGCCUAAAAGCGGGCCGUUUGUUACAACAAAAGACUCACAAAAAUGGCCUCAAAGGAUCAUGGGGCUUACUGAAAAUGACAUCGUCUGGUGUCCUACUGGAAUGGGCAUAGAGGAAGUUAUAACUAGUUGUGGCACUUUUGACAAUGUUCCCCUCAUAGGAACGAAAGACAAGCCUUUGGACAAAGAGAUAUUCGAAUCCAUUUGCUUUGAGAAAGGAACUGAUCUAGAGGGAUUGGAAAAAGUAAGAAGCGCCUGGAAUUGCAUCCACACAGAUGACCAGACUUCCCUAGGUGAGAAGAUUGCCAUUGCCAACCAAGCCUAUACAAAUUGGGUCGAAGAAAGAGUUAAAGAUCGCCUGUUGCCUUUCCCGAAGGUUAACCCACUGUACGAGCAACCAUCUAAGGUUCCAAAUGCCACUAUGCCUGCUAAGAAUUGCAUCCAAGUGAAUAUGGAAAGCACCCAAUUGCACGAAAAGAGGUCAGAUGUGCGACCAAAACAUGAUCUUGUGGACCAAAUAAGGGUUGAGUUGACACAUGAAGCCAAGGUGCUGAAAGAAUGA